AUGAGUAGUAUGUUAAAGGAUGUUGUUAACCAUCUAUCUCAGCAUAAAGGCACUGAUUUUGAGGAUGUCAAUAAUAGACCAGUAAGCAAAGAAGAAUUUGACAAUUUAUUAAUCACUUGUCUUAAAACUCCACCAUUACGACUUAAAGACUUAAAAGCAAGAUUAAAAAAAGAACAAGAGGAGAGAAAACAAAAAGCAACUAUAGGAAAAAAAGCAGAUAAUACUUCACCAGCUAAAAAUCCGGAUAGACCUCCGUUGCCUCCCCCAGAAAAGUUAAGCGAACAAGAUUUAGAAAAAUACUUAUUAGAAAAAAGAUUAGAGUUAAAAAAAUAUUUCGUGUUUAAUUUAGGAGAAUUGACAAAAGAAAAAAUUAACGUAGCAGGACAAGAAUAUAAAAACGGACGAGUAGUUAACUCGUUUUUAGCAAAGCACUUGACUAAAUUAGCCACUUUUCACGGAGCAGUCCCUUCUACUAUCGUUUGUGAAAGUAAAAAAGAAGCCUUGGAAAUUAUUAAAAAGGACCCAGCUCUAGCUGGUAAUCCUGGAUCAGAAUACGAAAAUACUCGGCAUAACCUUGGAUUUUUAGUUAUUGAUAAUUUAGCCCAACAAUUAGGGGUUGAACUAAAAAAUAAAACCGAAACUAAAAGCCAAACACAGGAAAAAACUCAACAAUUCCAAAACCAGUUAUCCCAAAUUAAACAAACCCUUAAUAAGCCAGAGAAUGCUAGCAAAAAAGUUAAGUAUUCAGUCCAACUAUCUGACAUAGAAAACCAACUAAAAAAUCUUCCUCAACAAAAUUCCCAAGAGCGGGAAAAAACUAUUCAAGAAUUACAGCAAAAAAUUAAAGAAAUUAAUCAAGAGUUAGGAAUAUCCGAAGAACCGAAAGAAAAAAAACCUAAUAAUCCAACCAAAAAACCUAACUUUCCUAAUUCUACUUAUCAAGGUUUACUGGAUGACUUAAAGACUAUUCAUGAUGAACUUACCAAAUCUAUUUCGGAACUAGAAUCUAAUCCUCCUAAUCCUUCUACUCCUAAUUAUCAAGGUGUUCAACAAAAAUGA